AAGAAUAUUAUGCAGACACAGGACUAUAACUCUAAUUUCUCUGCCGUUCCCAAGGUUGUUUCAUCAAAGCCAAAGUAUAAGUAUAAGGAUCCUUACGGAAAGGAUGACAACUAUAUUCCUCAAAAUAUCAUGUAUGAUAAAAGAGUCUACAGAGGAACUUCUCAAGGAGCCAAAGUUAUCUCCUUCCAUUCAAAACCAGAGGAUAUGAAUAUGCAAGAGAGAAGAGAGAGACAAAGACUGGCUAAGCUUAGACAACAGGAGAAUGCUGAACAGUACACUAGAAGAGAGAUUCCAACUCCAGAGCCUAUCUCAGGAAGACAAAAUCUUGAUGUCCAAACCGACCAAUUCGUCGAAGAGCUUACUGACAAAGCCCCUUGUUAUGAUAUCGGGAGCCAAACUGAGUUCAAACUUGAACAAAGAGUUUUAGAUUUCUCCAUCCCAGAGAAGAAUGGAGAGGACUUUUGUGGACAGACCGAAGAUGGAGACCUCUUCAUUUUUGAUGAUGAUGUUGAGCCCAUUCUCCAAGUUUUAUGUGGCAAAACUCUUGAGCAUGCUAAAAUGGAAGUCCUCGAGGAAGAAGAACUCAAAUACAUGCGUGAAGAGCAAAAGCACUUCCAAAAACUGAGAGAAGAUGAGAUUGCAGAAGCUCAAAAGCUAGAAGCCAUUGAACUCAGAAAGAAACAAGAGAUUGAAAGAAGAAAGCAACAACAUAAGGUUAAGAAGUUAGAAAAAAUUGCUGCUCACAAGAAGUUCACAUGCAGACAGUUAGCUAAGAAAUUCUUUGCUCCUCUGACUUCCCAUGCCAUAGUCUCUCUGAAGGAAAGAGGAGCUAUGAUAGACUCCUUCAACUCUCAAUUGCAAGAGAAUGUGGUCCCAUGGCUCUAUGAGAAAGUGAAUGAAUUCAUGAUCGAUGAUGAGCUUCAUGAAGCCAACAACGACAAGGUCCUGAUCGACUUUAUGUCUAUUGAAAUGCAAGGGCACAGAUCAAUGAUCGAAAAGGAACACAAGAGACUUGAAGAUGAAAGAAUUCUAGCUGAAGAGGCAGAGAAACAAAGACUAGAUGAGAAAGAGCAGAGAAGACUCGAGAGAGAAAGAAGAAGAAAAGAGGAGGAACUCAGAAAGCUUAAAGAAGAUAUCAAAGAGAGGUUUGUCACCUCUGGAGAGCCUGUUGAAGGAAUUGUAGCACAAGAAUUAUCUACACCAUGUGCUGAUUUGAUCAGCAAGAGUAUUAUUGGAGCUAUCGGAGGACCAUUCGCUCAAAUUGCACUAGUUUUAUCUGUCCUGAAGGAUACUCAAAGUGAAGACGAGUAUGAAGAGUUUUAUUCAAAGAAAAAUGUAGCUCAGUUCUUAAUCUUUUAUGCAAUCUCACAUAUGAAGUCAGAACAAUUCACUGUUCUUAUGGGAAAACACAUUGAAGCUUUUAUGCAAGAGACAGAUCAGACAAUGGAUGAUAUUACAAAACUCACUGGCCCAAAGGCAAAAGCAUUCAGAGAGUUAAUGAAAGACAGAACAAAUGGUAUGUUGAAUGCUGAAUUCAGAUAUCUGUUCUCUAUUGCUGAAGAGAUUGGAAUCAACCAAGAAGUCUUUGGCAUGAUUCAUGAUGUCCUUGCUGACAUUAUCACUAGGAAGCCAAAGGCUAAGGGUGGCUCUGAGACAAAACAAGACCAAUUCCUUAAAAAGAUUAAAGUAGCCACUGUCCCAGAGGAAGGAACUGAGGAUCUUGAUAAUUGUAAAGCAAUCGUCAGGAUCAAAAUUCCAAUGGUAGAGAAGAAAGAAGAGGGCUCUGAUGAAGACUCUGAUGACAAGAGUGAAGACCAAGAGGAAGGAGAGGAUAAGAAGAAAGAACCAGUCAUGGUAGAAUCCCCAAUUGAGGAUAAAGUACAUCUCAUUAACCCUAAGGGAACAGAUUACAACAUCAUGGUCCUUCACCAAGCUGGAUCGAGAGUGUUUAGAAAAGAUAUCCUUUCAAGCCUUAAAAAGAUCAUGCCUACCUUUGAAGAUAUUGAAGUUGAUAAUGUUUCAAAAGAAGUUGAUGAACUUGUCCAGAAACUGGAAGAAAAGUGGAUCUCAAGAUUUGAAUACCCAGUAUUUGAUUUCGAACUUAACUAAC